UUACUGGCUAUUUAAAAAAUAAGCUGCGAUGAAUUCCAAUAAUCCCAGAAAAUACCUACUUCUCAAUGCACGCAUCUUCAGCAAUAUGAGAUUGUUUUUAUGUAUUUUUGUUAGCCGGCCAAGGUCUCGGUUAUCAAUAUUCAAAGAUAAUCGCAUUUCCUAGUGUACCUAUUUAUAGACUGUAUAGUUACCUACUAGAUCGAGGACAGGUAAGCGGGGCCAAGGUAAGGUGUUCUGUCGGGUCAGCCAAAAGUUCAUGUUCAUAUAGGUAUGGCUGGCUGUAAUUUGGUCAAAAUGGCCUAAAUUGAAGCUGUUUGUGCGAUUAUUGCGUUUCAAAAGUUUUUCAAUAUUUUAAUUCCACGAAGCAAUCUACUAAUCCGGGUUUAUCACAAAGCCGCCAAAGCAAUUAUUCAGUAAUAUUAAAAUUCUUAAUUAGUCAUUGUCAGUCACAAUUAAUGUAUGGAUCUAUUACAAUUUGGUCAAUGACGGUUACGGGGAAUCACUGGUAAAUUAUUCAAUCUAUGUUUAUUGUGUCAUUAGCAGACGGAAAAGGUCAAUUAUGUUCAUUGCACUAACAUUUACUGUAGAAGAAGAAACGACCUCAUCAUGGCCGAUGGUAAUGUAAUGAAUCUUAAAAUCUUCCUAAAAGGGGAUACCCCCGAUGAAGUUCGUCGAAUAACCGUAGAUGCAUCGGUUGCUACAAGCUUCAUAUUUAUGAAAGAAAAACUUCAAAGUGUUUUCCCCAUUUUGCGAAAUUCUCCGUUCAAGAUAACAUGGAAAGAUAUUGACGAUGACGAAAUCACAAUUGCGUCUGAUGAAGACUUUAUUACUGCAUUUACGGAGAUGAAUGGGAAUGUUAAAAUAUUGACCGUAACAGUUUCAAAACGUGCUGUUGAGUCUGGGAUCUAUGUUUGCGCCGCUUCCGAGGAGCCUCCAAAACCGUUGAUAAUUUGUGACGGUUGCGACCGAAGCAUUCCAGGGUUUCGCUAUAAGUGUUUGCAAUGCCCUGACUACGAUCUCUGCGGGAACUGCGAGUUUCAAGGGUGUCACUCCAAUCAUGUCAUGGUUCGUUUGCCCCACAAUGAAACUUACUCGCCGCGAUGCGCGCGUAAGUUCAUGCACCAUAUUGCGCGAAACUUGAAAAAAUCGGCUCACUGCGCAAGCAAAGAGGCCCAUCGGGCAGCUAAACAUGCAGCGAGAUACGCCUCAAAAUGUAGACAAACAGACUCGUCGGCUGAAGAAGACGACCAAACACCAAGCUGCCCUUUCACCGCAAAGGACGCCCACGAGUUUGGAACAUUUGCCCAACAGACAUUGUCGGAGAUCUUUAAACCAACCACUUCGUCUGGGACCCAAGCUAAUGACGACAAGGAUCAAGGUAUGAUUCUUAUGGAUGUUAUACGAAAUGUUGUGGAUGGAUUUUUUGGUCACCCGACUUCGGCAACCUCUAAUAGCCAACAACAGACGGAUGCCUCCCCUAAGACCACAUCCGAAAAUCCACCUGCACCAAUGGAGACCGAAAAUUCACCUUCCGCCCCUAUCUAUCCAGUACUAGAUCGAGAUCUACCAAAUUCAACAACCCCAGGAUCUGGUUCGCCGUCUAUGGCUACCGCUGGAUCUGCCACCCCACCGGAGAACAAUAGGAAUCCGGAGUGGACUUUUGUUGCUUCAAAUAGCCAAACUGAGAACAACAGCAAUACCGCCUCACAAACUAACCAACCUAGAGUUGCAUUUAUUUACCACGAAAAUCCAGUUAUAGCGGAAGGAUUGGUUAAAUUGCACGAAAUGGGAUUUUCUAACGAAACUGGAGUGCUUAGCAAUCUUCUUGAACAUUUCAACGGAAAUGUUAAUGACGUAGUUAAGGCUAUUUUUGAUAGAAAUAUUUAAACAUCGAUCUUUGCCACUUUUAUACUGUAUAUUCAUAUAUUGUUUAGUAGUGGGAUAGUAUACGAUAAUAUGUAAAAUGUAGUUAGUUACCGGAAUGGGUUUACUGUAUUCAGCACAAUUAAAUAAACACCUACAGAUAUACCUAA